GGCGGGACGCCCCGGGGCCGCGGCGGGCCGCGUUCUCCUCUAGCGCCGCUCUGCGAGGAGGCGGGCAGCCGGCGGCGCUCCCGAAAUCCACCCCCACCCCUCAACUUGGCCCCAAGUUUUCGAGGCGGCUGCGCGCAGGCGGACGGGAGCGAGGGCUUCCCCGCGCCUUAGAUCAACAGAAGAGAUUCUUGUGUCCUAGAAACCAAAGAAAGAAUCAGCAGGAAUGCCCAGGGUGAAUGAUGGAUUGCAGAGCCUGGCUGGCACAUUUUGUGCCCUCCCCGCCUCCAAAUUGCCUCAGUUACAAAUCGGAAGGCAGGCUUGGUGACCAGGACUGGCAAGCACAUUUUAAAGUCCCAUGCUGUGGAGUUGAUCCAUCUCAACUUGAGUCAGAAGAGGCAGAAGUGGAUGUGAGAGAAAGAGACACACAGAGAGACAGAGAGCCAAAGAGGGCAAGAGACUUGACUUUAAGAGACUCCUGUACUGACAACUCCAUGCAGUUUGGAACCAGAACGACUGCGGCUGGACCAGGGUUCAUGGGGACAUGGCAAAAUGCUGAUACUAACCUCUUAUUCAGAAUGUCCCAACAGAAUGAAACCACUGGAGAACGAUUGACAUUUGCUUGGGUUCUUAAAUGCGACAGCAUCUUUCGAUGUAGACACUGGAAAAUAACAAGUCACAGAUGAAGGAAAUAAAACUGUCAGUACUAUAGUGCAUAAAGAAAGCUUUCUUAAAAUCACAAAUGUUAGGAUUCAUAAUAGAGGCCAUGACAGACAGGAAGUAAAAGAGAAAUUUGUUCUGUGAAAGAAAACUAUCCCAAUAGUAACUUGGAAUGGCAUGCUUGGGAAAGAUAUUCAUAGGAGAAAAGAAAAAGUAAGAGAACACUGACCACCAAAAUGCUUUGGUGAACAGAAGUGUGAUUCAGUCUUGAAGAUUAAUUAAUUCCAAGAAACAUUGAUGUUUCAAAGUUGGAAAAAAUCAAUAGGGAAUAAAAUAUAUUUGGAAGCUAAAAUAGAAAAAAAGUGAAAUGUCUUCUUCAUUCCUUUCAGUUGUAGCUAUGCGUCCAUUAUUGCCAUAGCUCUGGUUUACUUUAAAAGACACAUUUGUACUUCAGGUGUUUGGAUCUGAAAUAACCGAAGUUUGU